CUGAGAGAUAAAUGCACAACAGGAUCUUGGCAGCAACCUUCUCUCUAUUCCUCAACCACAAAAACAUCUUCAGAAAUGGAUAGAGCCUGGGUCUACCUGGUGACAGGAGGAUGUGGUUUUAUUGGAGAAAAGAUCGUAGAGCUCCUGUCUCAACAAGACUACAUCAAAGAAGUCAGAGUUUUUGAUUCAGUAGCAAGAGAAGAAGUAGAAAAAUUCAGCACAGCUACCACUCGUGUGACAGUGAUGAAAGGAGACAUUCGAGACUACAAUCUGCUCCUUGCUGCCAUGCGGGGAGUUCACGUGGUCAUUCACACAGCUGCUGUUGUGGACUACAGAAACACUGUGCCCUUCUGGGAAAUGAGAGCUGUCAACGUAGGGGGUACCGAAAAUGUGUUAAGGGCCUGUUUUGCAUUGAACAUUCCAUAUGUUGUCUACACAAGCUCCAUUGCUGCAGUGGGACCCAAUACAUCUCAUGAGCCCAUGAUCAGAGGAACUGAGGACACCAAAUACAGUGGAGAAGUGGAGCUGCCUUAUGGAAAGACAAAAGCCAUGGCAGAAAAACUUGUAUUUGAAGCCAAUGGAAAAAAGCUGUGCAACGGUGCUAAACUCAGAGCCUGCAUCAUCCGUGCAAACACGGUGUAUGGGGAGAAGGCAACAUUUCUUCAAGAGCUGUAUUUGUCUGCCAAGGCCAGGAAUGGUGUCUUGAACUACCUAGAGCCUGAAAACAAUGAGCGUAAUUACACAUAUGUGGGGAACGUUGCAUGGAUGCAUGUUCUUGCAGCAAGGAACUUGCAGCUGAAACCAGACUUACUUGCUGGACAAGUCUAUUAUUCCUAUGAUGACACUCCAACAAGAAAAGGUUUCCUGAUAAGGCAUCAGCUGUUGUCCUCUAUGGACCCCUCAGUACAACUAGGCUCACACAUUCCUUACUGGAAGAUGUGGUUAAUGAUACAAUUACACAGGAUAAUCAAGAUCAUCUUGUACCCUUUCUGGAAGCCACAGCCUUUCCUAAAUUUGUCUUUACUGAACAUGAUAGUUACCACCUUCUCCUAUGAGACAGACAAAGCCUCCAGGCAUUUUGGGUACAAACCCCUCUUCCCCUGGAAAGAAAGCAAGCACAGAACUGCACAGUGGUUAAAAGCAGCUGCAGGGAACCUGGAACCCCCCCAACUUAAUGAAAAGAAGAACUAAGCAGCAUGUUUGGGGUAAGGAAAGACCUUCUCACACCACUGAGUUUCAUCUGAACUUCACAACAUGCACAGAUCUUCAGCAGAAAUUUUGCAAACACUAAGAAAUCCUGGUACAGAGACAGAGAAAGAGCAGAAGUCUCCAGCUGCAAAUAUAUACCCUUUGCAUGCCAACAACUCAGCUCUUUUGAGUGACAUAUGAAACACCAGGGUGCAUUUGAAAGGAUCCUCUUGCAGGUCUGUGCACACAGAUGCAGAACUUGCUGGCCUUGCUCAUUCCUGUGGUGCCACCACUGCACCAGGAUCACUCAUGGGAACAAGGGACAGGUUCAGAUGGAGAUGAUGCACAGCAAACACUUUUUUGGUAACAUCAGUUAACCAGUUUUGUUCCAUGGACAGAUGAGCCUCCAUCUCUUUCCUUACCCAGUAAAUGGACCUCUCUCUCGCCACAGUCUCAGGCAUCUGGUGGGAUAGUUGUACCUGGCUCAUACACUCAGGGGGUCUUCAGGGAUAGUUUUGGGGAAGACAAGGGAAGCCCUGCAAGUUCUUGUUCUGUUUCAGGGUUUUCGAAAAAGAAAAAAUAAUUCCCUUUUCCAGAGCUACCUUCUCCAAGGUGUCUCCUGGUAUUCUUGACUUGUGGAAUAUUAGAUCUGGUUUGAAAUAGUCUCCCUGUAAAAAGAAACUUCCAGUCUCUUGUGUUAACAAUGUAUAGGCUGACUUUCUAACUGUAUGGAUAGAUAACUGAUCUCUACCAGCUUAAAGGUGGGAUUCAUACAGUUUGUAACUCAAAUUCUCUUAUCUCACAGCACUCUAGCAGCAAAGCAAAAGAAAUUAAACCCCACGUUCAACUGCUGCACUGGCAGACAACAAAUUCAGUGAAGACCUUAGGGAUGCAUUUAUGCUAAAUCACAGCUGAACCUCAGAGGGAAGAGGUCAUCUCAACUAACUUAAUGGCACUGGAGCUGCACAGUCCAUCCAGGACCAGUAUUUCACGGAUGGGUCAGGUGCUGCCAGAAGAUUCACAACAAAAACUGGGGUUUGUGUCACUUUAUCAGCUCCUCUAUUUUGAAGGUAUAUAGAGACUGGUAAACCCACAUUAAGCAGAACAGAGAUUUCAGAUUUCACUUGAGCUUGGAGGAAUGGGGUAUUUCUACAAUACUAGUUCAAAGCUAAAAUGAAUUCUGUUGGUAUCACUCAUCUGUGUUCUGUAAAUAUGUACCCAUCUCUUGAGUUUACCAACAGUAAAACUGUAGGUAUGCACAAAUAAAAGCUUAUUUUAAUUACAAGUGCCCUAAUCCUCCUGGAAAAAGCAAGUCACAGACAUUACCCUGGAAGGAAAGCAAAGCAAUAUGGUGUGAGUUGCCAAGUUAAUUUCACUGAAAUUGUCACAAGAGAAUCCUUUGUGAAAUAAGCUUAUAAAUAAAAUAUCAUUUGCUGUGGUGAUUAAUAAGUUAAUAUAACAAAUAAAUUGAGAGAAAACUACUGCAUUCUGCUCAUAGAGAAUUUGGGAAGGUGAAGUGUGUAAGUUACCAGUUCCCCACUUUUUUAUUCUCCUACCUUUUGUGCUGGGAGGUUUUUAAGAAAGGGAGUAAUAAGACUACUGGGUUUUCUCUUUCAUUAAAAAUUCUAUUUGCAUUUUUUUGCCAUUGUUCAAAUGGAAGAUGACAGUUCGCUAAGAAUUUGACCAAGAAAUAUACAUCAAAUUUCUCAUGCACAUUGCAAGAGCAUCGCCACAGUAUAACAACGUUGACCUCAACAGGUUUUAAAGCUUCGGAAACCUUGGGUUUAUCCUGCCAAAAAAGAGCCACAGGGUGGAGCUGCGAGUCUGCGAGACAGGUACCUUCCCCUCACCAGACCAAGUGUUGCAACAGCUUGUGCUUUAGCUGGUUUUCAUAAGCAUCGAAAGAUUAUUGGAAGAUUUGCUCAGCCAGUAAGACCGGGGUGGGGGUAUCUGGCCAGGCAGGUUUGUCCUGUUUGCAUUGGGAGUUAUGGCCUUUCCUGGGCUGUCUGCAGUCAUCAUUAUAUCUUCAUGUAGUCAUGUCAUCAAAGAGACUGAGGAAAUGAUUUUUCCACUCAGAAUUCAUUAGAAAAGAAGAAAAUUUUUCUUUCUAUUUUUAAAAGUAGAAUUAAAUAUGGUACUCUGACCUUUGAGGAAACUUGCCUAGUAUAAGAGCUGAUGCUUUCAGCCUCAUUUAGAGCCCUUGGUACAUUCCUUUGUGGGAUUUGGAGCUGCUGAAGGUAUCAGAUGGGACAGUUGUCAAGACCCAAUCCUCAUCCAACACUUUACAAGCUUGCCUGCUUUCAGAAUCCUUGCUGAGAACCUCAUCAUGCUUUUGUUCCUGUCCUGUUCAUCAUCACCUAUGAUUUUGAUUCUUAUCAGCAUGCAGAUGACAUGCAGGAUAAGGAACAGGGGUUUUUCAAAAGGAUCUGAAUCAGUUGACUGCUUAGAUUUUUUUAAUACCUACCCACCUCCCAAGCUUUGUCAAAAGCAAUUCAAAAGGAUUCCAUUUCCCUGCUCAUGGUAGAAGUGGGGGAAAAAGUUAGACAGCAAAGCCUCUGUGCAGUUUUCCAAAAAGAUGAGUAAGCUUCCUUUGGCUGCCCUGCAUUUUGGCUCCUCCAAGCUAAUGCUGCUGCAGACUUCCUGUUAGAUCCUUGAUUUUAUCAGAUUAUAACUUGUUUUCUCCUGGCAAUGCUUUAAUUCCAUCUACUGCACUUGGUUGUCAUUGACUUUUCUUUUCAGGGUCUCAACCCUAUUAUGUAACAGCAUCAGCAGCAAAAAAAAAAAUAAAUAAAAAAGAGGGAAAAAAUUAUUUUAGAUCUGUUUCUACUUCUGGAGGAGCCUUUUUGCACAAUUACUCAUCCAAGAGAUUCAGCAGGUAUAACUGCUUCCCCCAGGGGCUCCAUUAUAUAAUUGGAUUUCAGCCAUACAAAUUAAAUCCUAUCUUACCCCUUAGUUAAGCCAGGCAGUAAGUAUUUAAUGCUAAUAUCCCUGACAACUAUUGCAGGGAGAAGCAGAGAUGAAGCACAGAGGAGACAGAUGCCUGCAUUCUCUACUGGAGGAGCAGGGAGGGUGAGCAAGGAGCGCAGUGACAGAAAGACACCUGCUAUCUCUUAAACCUGGUUAAACUUCCCCAGCACGAGCCAUGGUGUCUGCUGGAGCUGUCGUUACAGCUGGAAUGUGGUUCCCCUUCCAUUUUCCAUCCUCCAGUGUUCCCAUGUGUGCAGUCAGCAUUCAUCCCCCAACACACACACACACACUUCAAAGAGCCACAUGCCUAACCCUGUUUGAGUUUCUAUGGAAGUCUCUGUUCUUGUGCAAUGUCUGUCUGCAGGAAGCAAGUUUAGUAAUAUUAAAACUCAAGCCAAACACACGAGCAAGCAAAGAAUCCUCAAAUUAAAAAGAAAAUCUCAACUGAGUUACUCAUUCAUCUGCAUUUUCUGUUGCGUUUUGUCUUCUCCUGGCAUGUUUCUUUUAGACAAAGCCCUCUGGGCAGAGACCAUCUCUUUUGGUGUCUGGUACAUCAGUCACAUAGUUAGUACAUGGUAAUAAAGGAAAAUAGAUUCAUGGUAGGAGUUAAACCAGUCAGUCUGGUACUGUAAUUGAAACAUAAUCUCAUAUUGACAGUAUUUAACACAGGAUGCACAGGGAAAAGAUGGCAGCAAGCCAGGCCUCCACUGCUCUGCAAAUAUUGGAAAGAUACUUUCCAAGUUCAGCUCCUGAGCCUCAUCUCCAACAUCAGAAGCUUUGCUUCCCACAAUGGGUCUAGACCUACUCACUAAUCCUGGUUAAAGCCCAACACACCACUGAGCUUGCAGACGACCUGGUUAGCAGUGUUUCUAUUGCCAACUAACUUACAAAUGCCUAAGAGAGAUUUUUAAGAAACACCAGGGCCAAAACUCCCUGACAUCCAUUGGUACAAGCACUCCCAAACCUCGGGAUACGCUCACAAGUUUUUCCCUUACAGACAGAGAUCCUGCCUGUGACACCAGACAGGAACCCAGCUACACUUUCAGUGUCCUGGAUAGCCAACCAGCAUCUCAGUCUGCUGGUUAUUUCAUCUCUCAGACUUCCAGUCCCACAACAAACUCAACAGGACGUGCUGGCAAUACAGUUGUUCCUCUCUCCAAGCCUGAACACCUGAGCUAAAGUAGGUGAGGGAGGGGAAGCAGAUUUAUGUCCAAGGUGCAUCUUAAGGGAUGGAGUCAGAUGGUGUAAGUCCAGACACAAACCCAGCUUUCCAAGCAUAGGGGAGAAGCGUGCUAUACUUCUACUAUAGAAGUAUAUAGAAGUAUACUAUAAGAAGUAUACCACACUUCUUAUAAAGUUUAAAUUUCUUUUUGUGUAUUUCAGCAAUUAAUUCCCAUUAAUCAACCUCCUGUACAAUGCUGCCCUGUAAUUCAUAAGUUUUAUGUAUUAUAUGAAUAAAAUUGCACAUAUAUUUUUA